AUGCAGUUCAAAUUCAACUAUUCAACAGGUUUCUUCUACCCGCUUUUUUUUUCCCGCCCUUGAUUUUCAGCUUUUGCAGUGCUCAUUCCGCUUGUCUACCUCAAUUUUGCCACGUGUCAAUAUCAACGUGACUAUUUCGUGUUCACCGCCCGUCUUUUGUGCAAAAUCGCCGAAAAACACGCGUUUCGCUAUCGCAUCGAGUAUUUCGAGAGGGACUCGUGCGUUUUCCGUUUUUUUUGUCGUUGCUCUGAGCCAAGUGACCGUGCAAUUAGUUUCAAAGUUUGAAAACAUUUUGUAACGGCACAUUUGAUGGAAUUCUUUCACAAAAAUGCAGUUCCCAACUCUCAGCGCGCAGAUAUUAAAGUUGUGGCGGUGACCUCUUGCACUUUGACAAUCUUUUAGUUUGUGUGAAUGCUUGGCAAGGAGUGUGUGCCGAAUGCAAUGGCCGAGGAGUUUUCUAGGCCACGGAACCGUAACUGACUGAUCCUUUAAGAGAAACUGCUCUCUGUGAGUCAGAGUUGAGCGGAAGAACACGGAAGAAUUUUUAUCUUUUUUAGAAAAUUUUUUCAUGAAAUGUGAUCAACUGACGAAAUGUAGAGCAAAGUGAACGCUGCUCAUAGAAAAAUAAUUGUAAAUUUACCGUUUCAUACAAAAAAGUUAUUCGAGUUGUUGCGUGAAAAUGUCCUUCCGUCUUCCCCGUUAGCCCUAACUUUUUUGUAUGAAACGCUAAAUUUACAAUUAUUUUUCUAUGAGCACAGUUCACUUUGCUAUACAUUUCGUCAGUUGAUGAUAUUUCACGAAAAAAUUUUCUAAAAAAGAUAAAAAUUCUUCCGUGUUCUUCCGCUCAACUCUGGUACCUUCAUACUCGUCAAUAUCUGUUGAAAAAUGAAUGAAACCAAACUGGAAGCACCGUGAAACAGCGUCACGGUGUCGGGGAAUCACUCUAGAUGUAAUUUCUCAAAAGAGACGAUGAAACCCCAUUUUUUUUGCAGACUGAAUGCGGACGAUGCGGCGGGCCGCUGGCCAAAUGUGGGAAACGGAAUAGGCGGGAAGGCGAUGACGAAUAAUUUCGCCAUUUUCUACGGCGACGCUUUUCUGGACGUAAUGCUACUCGGAAACUCCAGAAUUUGCAAAGGAAAACUGUUUCAGACGCACUACGAACUCUACGCUGUGAUUCUGCACGAUUGUACGCGGAGAGCGGGAAAAAUGCGCAGAAUUGAGCAUGAAUUCAAGGAUUGUGAGAUUGAGAAAAGGUGAGGGGAGAACACAACGCCUGGACUUUUGGACCACUUGAAAUGAUCCUAUCGGGACCACACUUUGCAAGCUUCUUGGACUUGGAUGGAAGUAUACUGGGUCCAAGUUUCAGACCGAUCCGAUCAUCCGGUCCCGAGAUAUGGCCGCAAUUUCCGCCAAAACUCGGUCUUUUCUGCCUCUGCUCCACAUAUCUCGGGACCGGAUGAUCGGAUCGAUCUGAAACUUGGACCCAAUACACUUCAAUCCAUGUUCAAGACGUCUGCAAAGUGUGGUCCCGAUCGGAUCGUUGCAAGUGGUCCAAAAGGAGCCUCAAAAAGGCCUCAAAAAGCCGGAUCUUUUUUUGGAGAAAUGUUUCUGUUUCAUGUUCGAGAUAGAUAGCGUUACCAAAUCUAGAGAGACUCUAAUAACGGUAUUUCUCAAUUCACUCAACUUUGGUCACUUUUCUGAUGCUACAAUACUCGCAAAGAGCAUAGGAAAGAAGAGAAAUUUGAUGUAGAGUAGUUUGUCCUCCAAAUUUAUCAAGUUUCAUUGUGGUUUGAAACAUUUUUUUUUUUUGCAAAUUUGUUUUUCAGAGCCUGUAACCGAAAGCUGCAGCUGAAUAUAACGGAAAAAGGAGACGAAGUUGAGUGGGAGGAGAUCAAGGACAAUAACUAUGAAAUUAACGAACUGAAAAGAGAGCAGAUUUAUUGA